ACAGAGGUACUCUGGAAGGCCGGCUGGGGCCUGGGAGCUGCAGAAGCUGGAGUGGAUUUGGGAGGAAAGGGCUCUGCCACCCAUCGUUGACUCCGGGGAGAUGUGGUGUGUGACGAUGGAGAAGGCUUAAGGUGUCCGCGUCUGGACGGAGAAGGCGGGAGCCCACGGCCCCUGCCCCGCAGCCCCUGCCCCGCAGCCAUCCUUGGGGGCCGGGGCUGAUCGCCACCACCCCGGGAAGCCCUAGGGCCACCUGUGCUCGACGCCCCCCCUGUAUCUCUUGGACUCCUACCUCCCACCGGCUCCCUCAGGGCCGGCUGACCCUGCAGAGAGCAGCAGUGAUGAAGCCGUGAGGAUCCCCACCGGGCCUUCCUCCCGACUUUGGUUGCGAUGACCCCUACCCUAGGGACUUCCUACCCUUGAGAGGCCUGUUCUGGGGGAGCAUCUCUGGCUGGACCUCUCCGCAUCCACCUGCCCCCCGGCCCGGGCCCCCGAUGCCCGCCCGCCCGUGAAUCGGCACGGUGGCGCCGCCGAGGGCCCCGGGGGGGCGAGCCAUGGUGCUCCCACCCCCGGACAAGCACCACGUGUGCCUGACCACGGCGGUCAUCGUGACCAGCAUGGCCUGCAUGGACGCCUACCUGGUGGAGCAGAACCAGGGGCCCCGCAAGAUCGGCGUGUGCAUCAUCGUGCUGGUCGGGGACGUCUGCUUCCUCAUCGUCCUGCGCUACGUGGCCGUGUGGGUCGGAGCCGAGGUCCGCACGGCCAAGCGCGGCUACGCCAUGAUCCUCUGGUUCCUCUAUGUCUUCGUGCUGGAGAUCAAGCUCUACUUCAUCUUCCAGAACUACAAGGUGGAGCGGCAGGCCGGCCGGGGGGCGGACGGGGCCCGGCCACUGGACACGGUGGCCCGCAAGGCUCUGACCCUGCUGCUCUCCCUCUGCGUGCCGGGCCUGUAUCUGGUCCUGGUGGCCCUGGACAGCAUGGAGUACAUCCGCACCUUCCGCAAGAAGGAGGACCUGCGGGGCCGGCUCUUCUGGGUGGCCCUGGACUUGCUGGACAUCCUGGACGUCCAGGCCAACCUGUGGGAGCCCCAGCAGACCGGCCUGCCCGUCUGGGCCGAGGGUCUCAUGUUCUUCUACUGCUACAUCCUCCUGCUCAUCCUGCCCUGCGUGUCCCUGAGUGAGAUCAGCAUGCAGGGCGAGCACAUCGCCCCCCAGAAAAUGAUGCUCUACCCGGUGCUCAGCCUGGUCACCAUCAACGUGGUCACCGUGCUCAUCCGCGCCGCCAACAUGGCGCUCUUCCAGGACAGCCGCGUCUCCGCCAUCUUCGUCGGCAAGAACGUCAUGGCCCUGGCCACCAAGGCCUGCUCCUUCCUGGAGUACAGGCGGCAGCUGCGGGAAUUCCCCGCCCCCCACGGCCUGGCCCUCGAGCUGCAGGCCAACUCCGUCGCCCCCAACCAGACGCUGCACGGGGUGCCCGGAGGCCCCCAUGAGCCGUCCCCGACUCGUGAGAUCCUGGACACGUGACCCCCCGGCUGAGGGCAUGGGGGAUGGGGCUUGGGCUGGGCUGGCUUGGUGGAAGCGUCUGGAGGGGGAUGCCGUGGAGCGCAUGGUGCAUGGACUCGGGGCAAAAGAGAGCCUCCCCCCCCACCCAAAAGGAGACUUGUGGUCGUGGGGAACCACCCCAGGCCACGCUCGACCGGUUCCCGCGGCCUCUUCAUCUCAGGAAUCACCCGGAGAGGCCUCUGGGAAAACCAAAUGUUUUGCCCCACAUUCGCUCAGAUCGGCCGCCCUUCUGGGGUUCCUUCCCUGGCAUCCGGAUCCGGUGGUUGGGGACCGCGAAGUGGAGAUGGAGUUUUGUUACUGGAAUCUUUUAUC